CGUCAUGCCCAUGUGACCAGGCUUCUGUGGGAGGAGCUCUUCUGCAGAGUCUGCGGCGGCGAAGGACGCUGGGUCCUGGGAAAGCAUCAACAGGAGGUAAAGGGUCUGGAGUUGAUUCCAGGUGUGGCAUUUGCAUUUGGAAACUGUCGCUGUGAACCCACAACAUGCGGUCAAAGGAGCUCUCAAUGGAGGUGAAACAGGAAAUCAUUAGCCUGAAAAAAAAGAAGAAAUCCAUCAGAGAAAUAUCGGAAAUGUUAGGAGUGGCCAAAUCAACAGUUUCGUACAUUCUAGUAAAAAAAGAGCGCACUGGCGAGCUCGAGAGCUCAAAAAGGCCGGGACGUCCACGAAAGACAACACUGGUGGAUGAUCACAGAAUCCUUUCCAUGUUGGAGAAAAACCCCUUCACAACAUCCACCCAAGUGAAGUACAAUCUCCAGGAAGUAGGUGCAUCAGUAUCUAAGACUACCAUAAAGAGAAGACUUCGUGAGAGCAAAUACGGCAACAGAUUAUCUGGAAAUUUUGAGGAGCCACAGAGCCAGGCAAAGUCUCUUGUUAAAGAAGAGGAGCAGGACCUCAUGGAGGGGGAGUCCACUCCUGACAGUUAUCAAAAGAACGCACAGAAAGCAGAGAGGGACAAUGAAGACCUAGCCAGACCAUCUUUGGUGGCCACACCACCCUCGCCAAGAGAGGGGACAUCUUCAGCAGCAGCGCUAAUCGCCACUGUAUCACCAGCCACUGUUCCUGCAACAACAGCUACUGUCAGGGCGGCCACAUAUCCCAAUCCCCCUACCGCCACAUCUGCCACCUGUGGCCAGAAUGAGGAAGCCCGCCAAUUGAUAGACAAGCAACUGCACAGGGAGGCUCUGUCCCUUAUCCGGAGACUGAAUGGAGAUGAUGAGUACGAUUAUUUUGGCUACGAGAUUGCUUCUUCCUGUCGCCAGAUGCGUCCUGAUAGACAAGAAGACUUCAUGUCAUACAUUCAUGCCGUGACUUCAGUCUUUCGCUCCAACCAGCCUCUGCCUGACAUCGAAGAUAUGAUUUGCCAUGUUCAGUGGGUAGCAGGCCUAAGGCCAGCACCUCCUCCUUCCCUGUCUAGGCCAGAGGCCACAUCUUCCACCACCCAAACUGACCCCAUUUAUUUUCUUGCCCCCUAAACCCUCCUCCUCCUCCACCCCCUGUGUUUGCAAUUUUGCCGCUUUUUUAUUCCAUAUAUACCUACUUCCUUCACCAGCAGUGAGCCAGUCACAAUAGAAAACCAACCAAUUGGCUCCACCACCACAUCCAAGGAUGUAUCUCCUACUCCUUUUUUUCCACUCAUAUUGUUCUUUAUUUUAUUUUUUACUUUUGGUCCAAAUUAUGUAUGGGUGAUGACGAACUCUUGAAAAUAGUUUGAUAUUUCUUAUGUUUCUCAAUAGUUUGGGAAGGCUGGUGGAUAUCUGUGGGUUA